GUCUCGGCUUAUCCGUCUUACGGUUUUCGUUGAGAGGGUCCGGCCUUAAUUGUUUGCCCACCUCUCUCGUGAGGCGUCGCGGUUAUUUGUGAGAGGGUUAACAGUUUUAACUUUUCACCCCUUACCCACCUACCUACCUCAGUUUCGUGAUUGUCGUUUUUUAUAGACAUCUCCUGUGUGACAUUCCGCGCUUUUAACGGCGAUUUUAUAUAUCGGUUUGUUGGUCGACUUUGGAAGAAAACGCCGCUGUCGGACCUUGAAAAGCAACUGAGUGUGCCCUGGUGUGUCCCGUUCUCAAGACGUGAAAUGGCGAGUGGAGGCGAUGGAGAUGGGGACGAUGGAUUUUUCCCGCCACCGACGCCGCCAUUCCAGAAAACGCGCCGUCCGUCCACCCUGUUGCCAGACACCGAGGAGAGUGUGACCCAGCAAGCGGAGGAUGUGUUCCGUAGCUACGCAUACCACCGCUUCCAGACCGAAGCUCAGCACGAUGCCGAGAACGGCCUCUUCACACCGGCCAUGCCCGAGAUCAUGGAGUGUCAGCAGAAUCCACUCAGCCCGUCCAUGCACGUCGGGAGGCAGCUGGCCAUCCUGGGAGACGACAUUAACCGACGCUACGAGCCGGAUUUCCAGCGCAUCCUCUCUCAGCUGCAACUCACGCCUGAGACCGCGCACCAAUGUUUCAACAAAGUGGCCGAGGGGCUGUUUGCGGACGGAGUGAACUGGGGCCGUAUCAUCGCCCUCAUGUGCUUCGGCUACCGCUUGGCGGUGACGGUGUUUGAGCGCGGAAUGCGCGGCUUCUUUGGCCGCGUCGUCAGCUUUGUCACCGGAUUCCUGCGCUCCAGCCACACAAUCGCGCUGUGGAUCGUGAGCCAGGGAGGAUGGAUGGCUGUCAUGCGGGUCGGAAAUUCAAACAUGUGGAUGUUUGGAGCAAUCAUCACCUUGACCGUCCUCUUUGUGGUGCUGAAGAACAAGUAUUCUUCAUCCUGAGAAGACCUGGUCUUCGCCACCACCACCGACUCCUACCCUCUCCCGGUUUUGUUGUAUUUUUGUUUACCUAACAAACGUCUACCUUGAUCAGACAGGUUGGUCAAACGCAGGUUUCCCCCUCGCUCUACGCGGUAGUAGCAGAUGCGUUCCAAAAAAAAAAGGGGGGGGGAGGCACACAAAGCGAAACCGCACGAGGAGACGGCUGCCUGCGAAGUAGCGCACUCGGUACACACACAGUGGUGUAUCUCUGUAGAUUUCUGUGUGUAUCUCUGUGUGUGUAAUUCUAUGUGUGUGUAUCUCUGCGAGACAGCUGCCUGCCGAGUAAUGUGACACAGUACACACACAGUGGUGUAUCUCUGUAGAUUUCUGUGUGUAUCUCUGUGUGUGUAAUUCUGUGUGUAUCUCUGCGAGACAGCCGCCUGCCGAGUAACGUGACACAGUACACACACAGUGGUGUAUCUCUGUAGAUUUCUGUGUGUAAUUCUGUGUGUGUGUAUCUCUGCGAGACAGCCGCCUGCCGAGUAACGUGACACAGUACACACACAGUGGUGUAUCUCUGUAGAUUUCUGUGUGUAUCUCUGUGUGUGUAAUUCUGUGUGUGUGUAUCUCUGCGAGACAGCCGCCUGCCGAGUAACGUGACACCGUACACACACAGUGGUGUAUCUCUGUAGAUUUCUGUGUGUAUCUCUGUGUGUGUAAUUCUGUGUGUGUAUCUCUGCGAGACAGCCGCCUGCCGAAUAACGUGACACAGUACAUACACAGUGGUGUAUCUCUGUAGAUUUCUGUGUGUAUCUCUGUGUGUGUAAUUCUAUGUGUGUGUAUCUCUGCGAGACAGCCGCCUGCCGAGUAACGUGACACAGUACACACACAGUGGUGUAUCUCUGUAGAUUUCUGUGUGUAUCUCUGUGUGUGUAAUUCUGUGUGUGUAUCUCUGCGAGACAGCCGCCUGCCGAGUAACGUGACACAGUACACACACAGUGGUGUAUCUCUGUAGAUUUCUUUGUGUGUGUAUCUCUGUGUGUGUGUAUCUCUGCGAGACAGCCGCCUGCGAAGUAGCGCACUCGGUACACACACAGUGGUAUAUCUCUGUAGAUUUCUGUGUGUAUCUCUUUGUGUAUCUCUCUGUGUGUGUGUAUCUCUGCGAGACAGCCGCCUGCCGAGUAACGUGACACAGUACACACACAGUGGUGUAUCUCUGUAGAUUUCUUUGUGUGUGUAUCUCUGUGUGUGUGUAUCUCUGCGAGACAGCCGCCUUCCGAGUAACGUGACACAGUACACACACAGUGGUGUAUCUCUGUAGAUUUCUGUGUGUAUCUCUUUGUGUAUCUCUGCGAGACAGCCGCCUUUCCGAGUAACGUGACACAGUACACACACAGUGGUGUGUCUGGGUGUGCCCAUCUCUGUAUGUGUGUAUCUCCGUGCGAGACAGCCGUCUGCUGAGUUGCGACACAGUACACACACAGCGGUGUAUCUCUGUGUAUAUUUAUGCGUAUGUCUGCGUAUUUAUCUCCAUGCAAGACAGCUGCCUGCCGAGUAGCGCGCACAGCACACGCCGUACACGCACACUACAUGCAGUACACGCAACGGUACAUAACACUGUCCCACUUCCGACCGAACAGCCGCAUGCCGAGUGAAUUCAACCCGCAUUGCAGAGUGAAUUUUGGGCCGAAAUGGGUUUUGGCCACACGUGCAGAACGCGGAAUCGCAAAAACCCAAGCCCGCGUAGAGCGAGGGAAUCUUGCAGCCGUACCCUGAAGCGACGGACAUCGGCGACGCUCACCGGGAGUUGGCGUUCGCGCGUUAACGUUCGGACUGCACACGGACGUGGCACUACUUCCGAGCGCGUAAAGCGCUGCGCUGUUGACGCGGCGUGGCAGCGCGCGGCACUUGGCGAUUGAGCCUCCGUUUGCUGGGAGGUGAUGCAGGGAAUUGCCACUCGGGCGUUUGCGAGUUUGGUUUAGGCGGCAAGUCAAUGCGUGAGGAAAGAAAUGGUGAGGGAACGGGGGGGGGAGGAGACGUAGCCGAAGAUGGCCGUCUUGAAAGUAAGUUUGGUUUGAGUUGCACUCUUUUUGUAUACAUAUGCAAAUGUGUAUAAAUGCCGAGGCGGAAAUCUCUUUUAAAAAAAAAAAAAUGUUUAACGUCGAGGGGGGGGGUUUUUCCCCCCUCUGUCAAACGACAGAAAUUGCGCGCCAAACCUUUCGCCUGAUGAAAACACGGGUGUCAAAAUCUACCACGGUGCUAAACCCAUUCACAACGCAAUAUGAAUCUGUGCAAUGGACCGACCCUCUAUAUAAAUUGCACAAGCGCCGUCAAAAGCCAUUCAAAAUCAUGCCGUCUUGCCUGAACAUUCCACGUAAACCGUUUUUAACGCUCCAAGGGAAAGCAUAUCGUGGACUUCCCGUGCGCGGAUCAAUGGUAUUUUCUAUUUGGGAAGACAUCCCUCGAUGUACAUGAAAUCCGGGACGUAUGCGCAGGAGAAUAUUUCGCAGGGGGGUGGGAAACUAGACGUUAUUGUAUUGAGUGGUGCAUCAUGAUGUUACGGACUAGAACCAGGAUAGUCUUGGGAAGACUAUCCCUGGUCAGAAGCUUCCACAAAAAUGAGGACAAGUCCUAGGAAUACCAGGACAAGGUUGGCAACACUAAUAACGGAUGUGCAUCGGUCUUCCUGUGGGGACUGAGGUCCAGUGUGAUUUGGUGGCAUUCAAAUUGGGUUCUGAUGAAGUCUUUUCGGACAGUAUGGAAUUCCAGUGGGGAAUUGGAAGUGUUCCGAUUUAAACUUGCGGUGUGUUUUUAGUGGGAGCAAGUCACGCGCGCGGUUAUGCAAGGAGGGUGUUGAGGCUUAGAGAUAUCUUCUGUAACAAUACGAAAAAAACUUUACCGUUCAAAUGUGUGGGGGAGGGUUCUGAAUGUCUUGUCUCAUUUAAGUUUUCUAUAAAACCCUUUGUUUUUACGAGUACCGGUUGCAUUGCAUGCAAGCGUUAAACUUUAAUAACUUUGUAUCAAUAACGUGGAAUGAUUGGCGUCGCGCGGGACAAAAAAAAACUUCUGAGCCCAGAACCUCUAAAAUAGAUUUGGGUUCAAGCCUUUGGGGUUGGAUCUCUGUGAAGGUUUCGUAAUGGCCACGUCAGAGCCACUGAGCCGCUAACCCCCUCAGUCUAGGGUUGGAGCCCCUGGGUGAAAUGGUGAUCUUAGGCCAUUCGCUGACGGUUGUCUUAAUCAUCUUUAAACCUGGUGGCGUCGCACUUGAAUUGGGCCAUAACCGACCGACUCUGGGGGCUACAAAGUUAGAGAGAAUAUCCCUAAUGCAGUGUGACUGAGCCAAGGGAACACAGCCUCGAUGGUUCCUUAUUCUGACGGGUCCCAAAAAAAAGACCAAAAAAACCCCCCUACAAAAUAUGAAAGUAAAUUAUUAAAAUUGCAGUUCCACUAACUGUAAAAGGAGUGUGUAAGAUAUUACAUUUUUCAGAAUGUCUGCAUGCCUUUUAAAAUUUAUGCUCCGUUUUAUAAAUUAAAUGUAAUUUGUACAUUUUUUUUUAACCGCGUAGUCAAGCGAGUGCUCGUGACGAUGUAUUUCAAUCGCGACGAUUGACACGCGCGUGUGCGUACAUUUUUUUCUGGGCUGGUGGAUUUAUACACGGGGAGAAAAAUAAAGACAAUCAAUAAAGCCU